UUAACACUUAACCUUCUAACAAACAUUGCGUGCGGCUCAUUCAGCUACGUAUCAGAGAUAACCCCAACAAUGCUUUUCCCUUUUUAUUGUGUUGCUUUGCUAUUGAUAACUUGCUUCCCUCAGGAUUUGGAUACCUUCUAAAAGUGAAAUUUGCUUACUUCGUCCGUAGUUUAAAGUGAGUAGAUUUUUCCUGUUUUAAAAAAUGAAUGUGUCUUUAUUGUCUUUUAACGAAACGGACAAAUAUUUCGCAACCCUACUUCAACGAUUUAACGACAACGCCAUAAAAGAUAACUUCAUUCCAAGUCUAGUGUUGACAAUUUCGAUGAUUAUGAUCGGAAUACCAGGAAAUGUUCUUAUUAUCGUAGUUUACAUGAAAAGAUGGAAGAAGUCCACCAGCAGAAUCUUUAUCCUUGCUCUUGCUUUUAACGAUUUGUUCAACUGUUUAUUCACCAUGCCGGUGGAAAUCUACUUUAUAUCAAACAUUUACAAGACGGAUUUGCCGUAUCUGUGCAAAAUUUCUCGAUUUUUCACUUUUUGGACCAAUGACGGCUCCUCUUUGAUAUUAAUGGGAAUUGCCGUGGACCGAUUGCAACGUAUUUGCCACCCAUUUAAACUACAACUCUCUAUAUCAACAGUAAAAAAAAUCGUGAUAGUGUCAAUGGUGGCCUCUUUAAUGGUGGCGUGGCCAUCCUUGUUCAUUUACGGAACAACUAAUAUGCAAAUACCAGUGGACCGAAAUAAAAGUGUUAAUGCUAAACUGUGUCUCUAUGCAGAGACACCUAGCGUUCGACUGGACCACUCUGUGUUUGUGUUUUUCAUCAUGGUAGGGAACUCUGUGCUGGAUGUAUUCUUCCUUGUUGUAUACGGAAUAAUCUUGUAUCACGUCAAAAACUCUGGCAGAGAACUUCGAAAAAUGUCAAAGGCGAACCUGUACUCGGGGAACGAAUUCCGUAAGACGUCCGAUGAAUUGCCUGCAAACCAAAAUGGUUUCAAAACAAUGUCAAAAGAAAAGAGCAAAUUGGCUGUCAAUUUUCGUAAAAUGUCUUUAGUAGAAAUGAGUUCCAGAAACGACACCAGGAAAUUGUCAAGCCAAGAGUCCAGUUCUAAACCAAUAAAGCGCUUCUUCUCGGAGGAAUGUCUGACAGUCGCUGCUAGGAGGAAACUCUUUGCCCAGAGUCGUCAAAAGUUGUCCAGCGUUUCCAGCAUAAGCGGAAGUCGUAGAACGUUAUCCCUUGGCAAUGACCACUUCCGGAAGGCCAAGACCACCAUGAUGUUAUUCUCAGUGACGGUUUUAUUCAUUAUAUCUUUCGUUCCCUAUACAGCGUUAAUGACCAUUCGGAACUUCGACUCUGAAUAUUACAACCGGUUAUCCGCUUCCGGGAAGUCGAUAUAUCAGUUUUUUAUUCGUUCGUACUUCCUGUCCAACGCUCUCAAUCCCCUUAUUUAUGGAUAUAUCAGUGAACAUUUCAGAACUGAGUGUAAAAGUGUUCUUAAAAAUAUGUUAUGUUUACGCUCAUGAGCUGUUUUAAAUACUUGGGAUACAAGGCAGACUUUCCAAUAGGCCCUUAGAACAUGUACAUGUAGCAUGACCAACUAUAUAAUAGUUUAUUCUAAAAGUUGUCUUGGUUAUGAUUGGAGCGCAUUAGACAAAAAGUUUGGUUCAUUAAAAAUACAUAUUACAAAACUCUUCAAUAGGCUAGAAUCGUCUCUCUGUACGCUAUGUACAUUAGUCAGGCCAACAAAAUUUAUUCUUCAUACUGCCACAAGCUGACGUGCAAUGAAACUACAUUUCGAGUACAAUUUUUGUACAGAUUGUGCAGUGUAUAUAUGUAAUGCGUUUGUUCAUUGAUACAUAAUUGACUUUUGUAUAAUUGAGGACAGGAGUAUACUAGUAUAUGAUUGCUCGAGUGCAUUUCUGUUUUAAAAUGUGUGCAGUGUACAUAUGUAUAUGUCUAAUGAUCAUCCAUGUAAGAUAUCAUUUAAUUAGUAUACUUAAACAAUAAAAUGCUUUCUUUGCACUGGCGUCGGAAGCAAAUUGA